AUGGCCCAUGACUCAGACCAAUACAUCAAACACCCUCUAACUAUCCUGUGCGUCUGUCGUUCGACAUAUGCGGAAGCGCGCUUCAUUCCCUUCGCCAUCAACAACUUCUGGUACAGGCCUACACACUCGCCGAUGCCCAGCGAUGUAAACGAGUGGUGGCGUAAGUUGAUGCCUGCACAGUUCAACGCCAUUCGUAUCGUUUCAAUGCAUCUCGGAAGAGACAUUACCGAUACUGAUAUCCUGCAAGUGGAGGCUUUGGCGCCUUUGGUGGGAUUGAGGAGGAUUGUAUUCAAUGUCUAUGCGGGCUACACGGGGAGUUGGAGAGACAUCACUGAUGAGAGGUUUCAGCUGAUGAAGGAUAAACUGGUUAAGAGGCUUGAGAAAGUGCUGUGCGCAGAGGGAGUGACGAUCGUCUUCAAGGCAUGA